AUGGAUGUUGAAAAUAUUAUUUCCGAAAUCAAUUAUUAUGAUGAAGUCGACUACUACGAUGAUAUUUUAUGGCCUUUUCAAAAUCGAUUACCUAAAGUUUAUAUAAGGGACGCGACAAAUCCCUUCGAAUUACCUACGCAAAACUUUAAAAAACGGUUUCGAUUUAACCAAGAAUCAGUGCUAUAUAUCGUAUCGUUGAUAAGAAAUAAUUUGGUGAAAAGUGAUAACAGAGGGCUGCCAGUCGCGCCAGAAAUUGCCGUUUUGCUUACUUUGAGGUAUUACGCUACAGCAUCCUUUCAGCUUGUGUGCGGGGAUCUCAUUAGUUUAUCUCAGCCUACAGUAUCAAACGUCGUUACAAAAGUAUCACGACUGCUAGCAUUACUCCAUAAAACCUAUAUUAAAAUACCUACAGGAGAUCAAGCUAGCAUAAAUAGGCAAUUAUUUAAGGACUUGGGAAGACAUGGGCGUUGGCCAGGGCUACCAGGUAUAGAUGGAGCCAUUGAUUGCACCCACAUAAGAAUUGUCAACACCCCAGGUUGUCAGCACCAUGAAGUUUAUCGCAAUAGAAAAUCUUAUUUCUCCAUUAAUGUUCAAGCUGUUGUCGGCCCACAAACAGAAUUCUUGGACAUAGUAGCUAGAUGGGCGGGCAGCACUCAUGAUUCCAGAAUUUUUCAAAUGUCCCGGGUAUACAUGAAGUAUACUCAAGGUGUGCUAAAUGGUAAACUAGUAGGUGAUAGUGGUUAUCCAACAUUGCCAUUUAUGCUUACACCAAUUAGGCCAACUCCUGAAGAUCCUCCUCAAAUACGGUAUAACCGAGCACAAAUCAAAACUAGAAACAUUGUUGAAAGAACAUUUGGAAUUUGGAAACGUCGGUUUCCAUGCUUAUCAAAAGGCCUUGGUAACAAGUUACAAACGGUGUCCCUUAUUAUUGUAGCCUGUGCAGUGUUACAUAAUUUAUCACUGAUUUUAAAUGAUAACAUGGCAUUGGGUAUUGAUUCCCAUUCUGAUCAAGAGGAUGGUGCAAACGAAACUACUGUAAUGGCUAGUACAGGGUUCGUAGUCAGAAGUACUAUAAUAGAAAAUUAUUACCAAUAG